CCCACCCCGCCUCACAUCUGCUUGCCGCCGCCGCCGCCGCCGCCUCCUCGCAAUCCCGGCCGAGCAUGCGGCUGCCCUCCCCUCGCCGCCUCCCCGCUUGCUAGGGCUCCUGCUGCUCGUUCCUUCUUAUCGCUAGGGCUCGACCUCCCUCGCGCGGAGUGACCCCGCGGCUCCGUGACCCAAAGCUGUUGCCGGCUGCCCUCCCGGCCGCGCCAUGGUGAGGCUCACCGCCGACCUGAUAUGGAAGAGCCCGCACUUCUUCAACUCCGUCAAGGACCGCGAGCUCGACAUCCGAGGUAACAAGAUCCCCGUCAUCGAGAAUCUGGGCGCCACCGAGGACCAAUUUGACACAAUUGACUUGUCAGACAAUGAAAUUGUCAAGCUUGAGAACUUCCCAUACUUGAAUCGUCUUGGCACUCUGUUAGUCAAUAAUAACAGAAUCACACGUAUCAAUCCCAAUCUUGGUGAGUUCUUGCCAAAGAUGCACACAUUGGUGCUUACAAACAAUCGUCUUACAAAUCUUGCGGAGAUUGAUCCCCUUGCAUCUCUUCCAAAGCUGCAAUUUCUUAGCUUACUUGAUAAUACCGUAACCAAGCAGCCAGACUACCGGUUGUAUGUGAUCCAUAAACUGAAGCAUUUGCGUCUGCUGGAUUUCAAGAAAGUGAAACAACAGGAGAGAAUUGCGGCAGCACAAAAGUUCCAUUCAAAGGAGGCAGAGGAAGAGGCAAAGAAGGUACCUGCCAAAACUUUUACUCCAGGACAAGUGGUUGAUGUUCAAGAUACCACAAGGGAGGAGCAGGGUCCAAAAGUAGUCGCACCCACACCUGAGCAAAUCACAGCUAUCAAGGCUGCUAUUGUGAAUUCUCAGACACUUGAGGAGGUUGUGAGGCUUGAAAAGGCACUGAGCACUGGCAUAGUUCCUGCUGAAUUUGCAAUUCCCAAGCCAGAUGCUAAUAUGGCUGAAACUUCAGAGGAAACUGACAAGAUGGAGACAGAUGGUCAGAACCAAGAGAACGGGGCUGAUGAGCAGAAGCAAAAUGAAGAAAGCACCCCAAUUGAAGAGGAUUGAAGGCAUGUGCACACAGUGAUAUAAUCUGGCACCACAGUUGGUGUUAGCUUGCAGGUUUUUGUGGGGGCAAAGCCACGCCGCGACACUUGAUCUCUUGCUAGCAUAGUACCAGUAUUUCUGUAUCUUGUGAAUGCUAACAACAAAUUUUUUCAGAAGAUGGAACUAUUUUCCUGUGUUUAGGAGACAAUCUUGGGGUAUUUUACACCUUAUAGUACUGCUAGAUUUCUUGAUGUUGUAGCCUGUAGACGCUGUUACAUACCUUGGAUGUUGGCGAAACUUCGUUCAUGUGGUGCAUGCGAGAUGUCAACCUUUUUUUUUCUUCUGGAGUUCCCCCUUAUUCCUCUUUAGGCCUUGCUCGGUUAUUCUCUAAGAGGGAGGGAUCGGAGAGGAUUGAGGAGGAAUAAUUCUAUACCAUAAUAGGUGUGGAAUAAAUCUCUUUAUAAUCUUCCUGAAUCCUCCCGUAAUAAGGAUUAACCGAAAUUGCGGAGUAUUGAGGGAGGUGUUGUUUUAAUGCAUGGCACCAUUUCCAAAAUUUCCCCGUUAUGCAAUUUCCUAAGCUGGAGAUGAACCUGUUUCUCCAUAUCCAAUUAUCCAUUUCAGUGAAAAAUCUGGAAUUGCGGUC